GUCCCCUUCGGGGUGACAUACGAAAAAAUUGGAACGAUACAGAGAAGAUUAGCAUGGCCCCUGCACAAGGAUGACACGCUUUCCCGGAGUGGUAGACCUACGGGUCUCAAUAUUUAUUUUAUCCUGUCUGUGAAUGGCCCGGUUCCCCGCCCGCAAUCUCAAGCUCAAGUCCGAACUAUCGCACUGAUGUGA